AUGCACUCAAACUCGGCUCGUAGUUCCCUCCGAAAUCCGAAAUCUGAAAAUUCGUAUAAAUUUGCGACGUGUGACGUGAAAUUCUGGAGGAAUGAUUCUGUAGAUCAAAACGGCGGUGGGACGACGACUCAUGGAAGAGCCGCGACGGCACGUGCCACGUGGCGUGGAAAGGAGACGUUGAUUGAUGGGAGGAUGGAUGAGGAGCAGAAGCCAAUGUCCUCCUCAUCCGGCACGUAUUCCGUGUCCCAAGCACGUGGCAACGAGCACACUCGAGACGUCCGUCAAGAAAUCCAACGGACGUUUUAUACAGUAGUCACGAAACCCCAAAGACUGCUCGACGAAUAUGAAACACACGAAGUGUACGUACCAUCUCGAAGUGUAUCCCAGGAUCCGGAAGCCGUCUUAGCAGGACGUCGACGCGAUAGUACUGUACGGGUGUCGGUACGAUCCGAGGGCGCUGCUGCUGGACAAAUGAAGGCUUCAAAUUCGACGGCUGGCGUGUCGUUGACGCUCCCACGUGUCAAAAAUCAUAUGAUUCGAGCGACGGAUACGGUACCGAUAGUGAGGGUACCGGCGAGACGACCACCGUCGAGAGUCGAGACGAGUCAUGUCGUCACCGGUUCUCUAACCCGUCAACUACAAGACAUUUCUGGCAAAAGUGUGGUCCGUGACUCGAAAUCGGGACAAACGAUGGCGGCGAGCCGAAGUCAACCGCCAGGCAAGGUUACAUAUCAGUAUAAAGUAAACGCCUCAGAGCGACGAGUCGAAUACCGGUAUCAAUCGGAGACGCUUCUCUACGAUUUCGAGGAGACAACAAAACGUGAACAACUCGAAACCUGGCAAAGCAAGAAGCGUGCUCCAUCUGGAAACGGAGCAGUCGUGACGAUGAUUCGAAAAACGCAAAGUGCUCAGGAGCAAGCGGACGUCUCGGAGGUCUUAGGUACGCUGGCGUGA